AGCCCUCACUUCCGUUCUGUGAAAUGCCGUGUAUUGUGAUGUGUGGUUUUCCUUGCAGUGGAAAAAGCACACGAACCAAGGAGAUCAAACAGUAUUUGGAAGAGCACUGCAACAAAUCUGUGACGGUGAUUAGUGACCACUCUAUUGGAGUAGACAAAAACCUUGUAUACGCAGACUCGAAGAAAGAAAAGGAAACACGUGGUACAUUGAAGUCUGCUAUUCAGAGACACGUUAACAAAGAAGAUGUUGUGAUCCUUGAUUCUUUAAACUACAUCAAAGGUUUCAGAUAUGAGCUGUACUGUAUUACAAAGGCGUGUCAAACCCCACAGUGUACGGUGUUCUGUGAUAGCAAUAAAGACACAGUGUCAUCGUGGAAUCAGGAAAGAGCUCCGGAGGAGCGCUACACACAGGAGAUACUUGAUGCCCUGGUUAUGAGAUUUGAACCUCCGAACUCCAACCAGCGAUGGGACAGUCCAUUAUUUACAGUCCAGAGCGGAGACACGUUGUCGGGGCAACAGAUUGUCGAUGCUUUGCUUAAUAGAAAGCCACCUCCCCCAAACAUGGCUACACAAAACCAACCUCUGUCAUCUACCAACUUCCUGUAUGAGCUUGAUAAAAUUACCCAGGAUGCCGUCAGUGUUCUGAUGGCCGCACAGAAGACGAGUAUUCCUGGGGAUGAAAUAUCCAUACCUGGUGCAAAGGAAAAGAUCACAGUUCUGCGACCUUUGACCCUUGGGGAGCUACAGCGUCACCGUCGUCAGUUUAUAGUGUAUACAAAGAUGCACCCAGUCAGCGAUACGGCAAUGCUGUGUAAUAUGUUUGUACAGUACCUAAAUAAAGGGCUUCGAUGAC